AUGGUCCAAAUGAACUUCCUACUUCUUUUCCUCGCUUUUGUCCUGUUUAACACUCAGGAGAUCACAGCUUAUGGCUUCAGAAACUGCAUCCAAUCCAUGAAGAACCCUUCGUAUUUCAAGUGCAUGCAGCGUUUCCUGAAUAAUAUUUCCAGCGCUGUAGAUGACCUCCCCAAUGAUGCUAAAGUGGUCAACGCAUCCCAUAAUUCCAUUCAAGUCUUGCCUUACGGGAGCUUCCGUCACCUGCCCAAAUUGAAGAUCCUGCAACUGAGCUAUAACAAAAUGGAAAAAAUAAAAGAUGGUGCCUUUGAGAACCUCACAGCCUUGGAGAAGCUCAAUCUCUCCUGUAACCAUCUCACAAAUCUUUCCAGAGGCACCUUCCUUGGCUUGACAAACCUCACCCUCCUUCUCCUGCACAAUAACCACUUGAGCAUCCUCCAUCAGGAGGCCUUCAGUCCAUUACAGGGCCUCCUGGAUUUGCAGCUCCAGUUCAACAGCUUGAGCAGCCUUAAUAUAGUUAUUCGGAGCAUACAGAGACUAAACCAGUUGAAGCACCUCAACCUCUGCAACAAUAACUUGACUUCUCUUCAGUCUGAAUGGAUAUUUCCUUCUUCCUUGUAUAAUCUUCAGCUCUGCAACAAUUCCCUUCAUAAGAUGGAUGGUCAAGGGCCAAGAUUCCUGUGGAAUGUAAAGGUGCUGGACCUUUCUUACAACAAGCUUUCAAAUACCUCUUCCUUUGCUACAGUCAGGCUUCAGAAACUCAGAAGAUUAAAGUUGGUGGGAAACAAUAUUGAUGUUCUCCAACUCUUGAACAUUUCUAACCUGCAGCCUCGCAGCCUGGAUUACUCUGGAUUGCAUUUAAAUAAAGUUUCACAACUGACCAAGGUGUGCCAGCAUCUUGGGAAUUCCAACCUUUCCUUCAAUCUACAUCUGCAGAGCAACAACCUUAGGAACCUGAGUAACCAAGCACUCCUAGCAUGUCCCCCCAUCCAGCUUCUAGAUCUUUCAAGGAAUCACCUCAGAUCAGUGGAAUGUGUGAGGCAAAUGCUGAAUGCAACAGCACAAAAUCAGUUGAGAACUUUGUUGGUAGAGCACAAUUUGUUGAAAAACCUAAGAUGUUGCUUCAGCACAGCUCCCUUCAAAGAACUGAGGACCAUUUCUUUCCGUUUCAAUCGCAUCCUCUCAAUCAGUAGUUCUGCUUUCCACUAUGCUCCUAAUUUGGACACCCUCCAUUUGAAUAUCAACAGUAUUGCUUUCCUGCAUAGGCAAGCCUUGAAGGGUUUGAAACAACUUAGAGAGUUGCGUUUGGAUAAUAAUCUUCUGACUGAUAUCUACAGCAGCAACUUUGAUGACCUCAGCAACCUCCAAAUACUCAACCUCAGAAACAACCAUGUUUCUGUCCUCUUCCCUGGCACCUUCAAGAAUCUUGGGAAGCUCUGUAUUUUAGAUCUGGGGGGAAACAACAUCCACAGGCUGGCCAACAUGUCGUUUGAGGGACUGAAGAAUCUCUCCAAACUCUACCUGGAUAACAAUAAUAUUCAGUACAUUAGUCCUAGUUUUUUUCAUCCAGUAGAGAGGACUCUCCAAGUGCUAGAUCUGAUGGGUAAUAAGAUAUACUUUAUCAGUAAGACUCAACUCAAGGAACCUCCCUUUUUGAACCUGCACAACGUCUAUGAUCUCAAACUUCAAUCUCAGCAACCCUAUGGUUUGAAAAUCAUUCCUUCAAAGUUCUUCAAGGGUCUGACCUCUUUGCGCAACCUCUAUCUGUCAGAAAACAAACUUCUGUCUAUUGCACCAGAUGCCUUUGAUGACUUAAGGCAGCUGGAAUAUCUAUCCUUGGCUGAUAGCAGCAAUGGCAUGGGGAAUCUCCCCUCUGGCAUAUUCAAGAAUCUUAAGAACCUGACAGCUCUCGAUCUGGAGAAUGCUGGGCUCCGCACAUUGACCCUAGAGGUCUUUGGCAACCUUACUAGCCUGCACUAUUUUCUAUUAGGAAAGAAUGAGCUACAGACAUUCAACAGAAGUGUGAUGGAAGAGCUUCCAUCACUGAAAUACCUUGACCUACGCAAGUGCCCCUUGACUUGUACUUGUAAUAACAUUUGGUUCCAGAAUUGGCUAAACAAUAGUUUGGUGCAAGUGGUCUACCUCUACAAUUAUUCCUGCAAUUCUGGGCAGCACUCUAGUUAUGUUUAUAGCUUUGAUACCCAUGUUUGUUUCCAAGAUAUAGGGCUGUACCUAUUCUCUGCUACCUUCCCUGCUUUGUUGCUCUUUAUGUUGUCAACUUUCCUUUACCAUCGUAGCUACUGGCACCUAAGAUACCACAUCUACAUCUUGCGUGCCUGGGUCAAUGAUUACUGGAGGCGGGGCAAAGAUCUGCAUUACAAAUUUGAUGCCUUUGUCUCCUACAACUCUGCUGAUGAGAGCUGGGUGCUAGAACAGUUGGUGCCCAGUCUAGAGAAAGAAGGGGCUCCAACCUUCCGGCUUUGUCUGCAUCAUCGAGACUUUCAGCCUGGGAGAUACGUAAUAGACAAUAUAGUAGACAGCAUCCACAAUAGCCGGCAUACUAUUUGUAUAAUCAGCAGGAGAUAUCUGCAGAGCGAGUGGUGCUCCAUGGAGAUCCAGCUUGCCAGCUACCGUCUCUUUGAUGAACUGAAAGAUGUCCUCGUUCCUGUUAUCCUAGAAGCCAUCCCUGAGAGGGAACUUUCGGUCUACCAUCGAAUGCGGAAAGUGAUGUUGAAGAAGACAUACAUUGCGUGGCCCCCAGACCCUGAGGCUCAGAAACUAUUCUGGGCUAAGCUGAGGAUGGCUCUGAAGGCCGGUAAUUCUGAGGACCAAGAGGAGAAAAUGAUAGACUGGUUUGAUAAAGAAGACAAGUCAGAAUCAACCUCACUGCAACCGUGAUUCAAUCUAAACUAAAGAAUCAAGAGGUAGAAUGCUAAAGUGUUGCAAGAUUGCCCAUUUUCAUGUGUUUUUUUUCCCUUCAUGUGAUGAUGAUCAUGCUUAGAAUAUAUGGGAAACAGUGGAAACACCUGGGGUAGACAGAAAUUGGUUGUCUGACUAGAACACUUUUUCCCACUAUUUUGUAAUGCCGUUAGCAUUGUAGUGUUAGGUUUCUGCUGUUCUCAUGCACAGAUUAGCACAUUUGACAGAUUAGGUGACUUUAAAUUCAUUUUCACUGCAUAUUUCUUGCGGGGAAAAAGGGCAUGUGGGCAGCUGGACAUGCAAAACAUGAUGUGUUCACAUACUGUGUGAU